GCUGUUGGCUGAUGCUCAGAGAAGCGCUCGCGCAGUGGGCGACUUCAUCCUAUACUGCAGUUCCUAAGAGCGACUCAAACGGAACGGUAACCACGGCUCAAACGUGACGAUGGGGGAGCGCAGUCCUGCCAAAUUGAGGAAUAACGCCAAUGCGAUUGUCGGUUAUUAUUAGAGAAAACGAAUCGACGGAUAGCCUAGGUAUGAUGAAGAUUGUGAUACUCACGCGCACGAGCGCGUUGAUCGCUCUCAUCAGAUGCUGAUGAUGGUCGCGCGACCUGCGUGAUUUCCUCCCGCUGGCGCUUCCUGGUUCCUUUGCAUCACCUUAUCUGAGACCCAGCACGCCUGACAGAAUGAUUGAAGAGGGAAGUAAAAGCUGUAAGGCCAUGGUGGAGAAGAGACAGCUCUUCAUGGAGAUGAGGGCACAAAACUUUGAUGUUAUUCGUCUCUCAACGUAUAGGACGGCAUGCAAGCUACGAUUUGUUCAGAAAAGAUGCAACCUUCACCUGGUGGACGUCUGGAACAUGAUCGAAGCCUUCCGUGAUAACGGCCUAAGCACAUUAGAUCACAACGCGGAGAUUAAUGUGUCACGCCUGGAGACCAUUUUGUCCUCCAUAUUUUACCAGCUCAACAAGCGGCUGCCCACCACCCACCAAAUAAACGUGGAACAAUCCAUUGGUCUACUGCUAAACUUCAUCGUGGCUACUUAUGACAGUGAAGGCCAUGGGAAACUUACAGUGUUUGCCAUGAAGGCAAUGCUAGCUACCAUGUGUGGGGGUAAAAUACUUGACAAAAUACGUUAUAUAUUUUCCCAGAUAUCAGACUCGAAUGGGGUGAUGGUCUUUGCCAAAUUCGACCAGUUCCUGAGGGAAGUGCUGAAGCUCCCCACGGCAGUAUUCGAGGGACCUUCAUUCGGCUACAACGAGCAUUCUGUGAGAACAUGCUUCCCUCAGCAGAAGAAGAUCUUGCUGAAUACGUUUUUGGACGUGUUGAUGGCAGACCCACCCCCACAGUGCCUCGUCUGGCUACCUCUCAUGCACCGACUAGCUAAUGUAGAGAAUGUCUUCCAUCCAGUGGAAUGUUCGUAUUGCCGGAGUGAGAGCAUGAUGGGUUUCCGGUACCGCUGCCAGCAGUGCCAUGGCUACCAGCUUUGUCAGAGCUGCUUCUGGCGUGGUCAUGCCAGCGGUCCCCAUAGCAACCAGCACCAGAUGAAGGAACACUCCUCAUGGAAGUCUCCAGCAAAGAAGCUCAGUCAUGCCAUCAGUAAAUCUCUGGGCUGUAUGCCGAUUGGAGAGUCCCCUCACCCGGUUUUCCCAGAGGCAGCCGAGAGACCACAGGACCUGGUGCACACCACUUGGCUGAGGCCAGUGCCCAACAACAUGAAUGAUACCAUUCUCAUUUCCUCUGGGGCGCCCGCGCCUUCCACAAGUAACACUCUGGAGAGUCCCAGCAGACUGGAUGAAGAACACCGUCUCAUCGCUCGAUACGCCGCUCGCCUAGCGGCGGAGGCCAGCAACUCCACUCAAUGCCCUCCAUCAGAUCUGAGUUUUAACUUUGAUGCUAACAAGCAACAGAGGCAGCUCAUCGCUGAGUUGGAGAACAAAAACAGGGAGAUACUUCAGGAAAUCCAGCGUUUGCGUCUAGAACAUGAGCAGGCGUCACAACCCACCCCGGAGAAAGCCCAGCAGAACCCCACUCUACUGGCAGAGCUGCGACUGCUGCGGCACAGAAAGGACGAGCUGGAGAGGCGCAUGUCGGCCCUGCAGGAGAGCAGAAGAGAACUCAUGGUACAGCUUGAAGGUCUCAUGAGACUACUUAAGCAGGAUGAGGAGCAGAAACAGGCAGUUCAGACGGGCGGCUCACCCCACUCGUCUCCAGGCCACAGUGCCAGCUGCACCAUGCCUAUGCCCAUCCGCUCCACCUCGGCCGGCUCAACCCCCACACACACACCGCAGGACUGCCUGGCAGGGGUCGGAGAUGACGUGCUGGAUGCCUUCUCUCAGGGUGUACCGAGAAAUCUCCGUAAUGAUCUUUUGGUGGCUGCAGAUUCCAUCACCAACACCAUGUCGUCACUCGUGAAAGAACUUCACUCAGUGGAUGACGGACUGGAGGAAGAAGAAGAGAACAUGCGUAAUGGAAGAGAGAAAGAAGAAAGAAAAUCAUACAGAUUUGACAUGAGGCUGAGUCAGAGUAAAAGAAUAUAGAAUAAUUAAUUGUCAUCACUGAAGCAUUCUGGGAAAAGGCACUCCACCCCUUCAUUCUAAGCGCCUGGAUGUGACUGGAAAAGAACAGCGUUCACGGCAUUAGCACACAGACCAAUGCAUGCUCUUCCCCGACUGGAUUUCACUAUGUGAAACUCUUCAUCACACCUUGCACAGAGCAAGUUGUAUUUAUUAGAAACUAUAUAAAUAUAUAUAUAUAAAUAUAUACAUAGUUCUAUAUGUUUCUUUGUAUAAACUCAUUGUUAUCAUGUUUUCCAUAACAUCAAGAGAAUGGCUUGUUUGUGCUUUCUUAAAAAAAAAGAAAAGGAAUUAGUGAUCUCAGAAACAAUGGCACUGUGCAUCUUCACGACGUCACCGGGACCAUCAGAUUCCCGCACGGGACAGCUUUUUUAUUUCAUCUGACUAGUGAUGAUUCGUUGUGUUUGAGUUGUAUUGCAUGGAUCGGUGGAUAGGGCUUGUAUUUGCUCUGCAUGUGGCGUUUAUUCCGACCGACGUGUGUUGUGCCUGCUAUGUCACUUCUUGUAAACAUCGUCACGUUGGAAACUGCUGCUUUGCACUACACGCAUCGGAACCAUGGUAUAUCAGGGAUGUCUCGUGGAGCUCACCGUUCGUCUGCGAUUUCCGUGUUCAGUUUUGCCCGCUGUCGUGGAUGCUGUUUUUAAAGCUUCGGUAUCGCUUCUUAGUUUAGAUUAUGGCUUAAGUAUCUUCAAACUCCACUAUUUUUGGAGUUUAUAAUGGAACUCGGAUAUAUGUUCCGUGUAUCCAUAAACCAGCUUAGCCAGCCAUUUUUGAGUGCACACGUCUCUCUGUAAAAGUUACUGCAAAAGCUUUAUUGAGUUAACAGUAGUGUGUAAAUGAAACCAGUGCUCAGGGACUGUCGACAGAGAGAGAGGAGGGUGCAAUAGCUACAUUUGUGAACAAAUGGGUAGAAUAUUCUGAGGUCGGAUGUAGAAGAUUAGCACAGAUAAUAAACAAACUUCAUGGAUGUAAUGGAAUGGCUGACAGGGGUAAACAGAACUGAUGUUGUGCAUCUGAUGCGGAAAUGCAGUGUUAGGACAACCAUAAUAUGUAUAGAUCUUAUAGCUUUAUUCUCACAAUGAAGGUUAUAAGAUUAACAAACUGUACUUGAAUCAGAAGGAAUUCAGGUUUACUUAUUACAUUUAUCUGGUUAUUAUAAGUAUGUUAUUGUGUUAUAAUUGUGCUUUGUUCUUUGUCAGUUUGGUUCAAAAUGACAAUAAUGAACAUUAUAAAAAGACAAUAUUUUGACUGCUAACAUUUGAAUAAGUUCAAGCCAUCGAGCGACAUGUUUCAAUGAAUUUUGGUGUUGAAUAUUAUAAGAAUUCUUCAGAAAGGUACCAUAAACGGACAAUAUGGUUAAUUUUUUGUUUGUUCAUUUUUUCCUAAAUAGCUUGUAAGAAAUUAUCUUGAAUGGUUUCAAUUUAAACUGUGAGGUCUCAUUAGAUAUUUUAAACUGGAUUUCAAAGUGUCGCUUCUGUAAUAGUGGUUGCAAUGAAAUUUGCUUUUUCAAAUCUUUUACCGUCACAGUGCUUGUUCUAUGUUACAAGGAAUAUUAAAUGUUUUUGAGAGAAAUUUGAAAGAAUUUGGGAUGAGCUCUGAUAAAUAAUUGUCUUUAAUUACAUUGUACACACCGGUUGAAUGCCUCUCAGACAGAAUGUUUGAUUGUUCGAUUCUGUUCCAACAUUUGCUACAAAUAUGAAUGCAAUCUUCUGAUGUAGGUGUGUGCCUAGAUGUACUGUAUAAAGUGCUAUAAAAAAUAAAAAUCCUGCACAUGUGCAAGUCAGCCCUUAGAUAGGAGUUUUAAUAUGUGAUUUAGUCGGAAUGCAGUCAUUAUUUACAUGUGAUCUUUAAAAAAGUUAUUGUUCUGCCUUUAAAAGUUGUGCCAAACUGUUUGCCAACCUGUAGUGUGUCCUUUAGGUCUCUGUUCUGUGUAUUUGUGUGUGUUAAACAACGUUUUAUUGAUUAUGAAUUUACUGAAGCAAUCCACAGAGAGGCUCACUAAUAACGGGGUGCCUUAAAUGGUUGAAACACAAUACAGCUUAAGGAGAGGGAAACCUGCUUGAAAUCAAUUUCAAGCAUCAUUGCAAAUUUAUAUGUUACAGAUGGGCCUCCAAAAGUGGACCUCCUGUGUUAGUCAAUGGAAUUUUAAAGGGAUAGCGCACCCCAAAAUAAAAAUUUAACUCACUUCAACCCUGGUUUGAAAGUAGGGGGUUGUCCCUUCUUAUCUUAAAUUAAAGAAAGGCUUGAACAAGAGAAUUUUCAUUUUUGGGUGAACCUUCUUUAAAAAAAAUCUUUGUUUUAAUGACACUUGUGUAACCAAAACUAUCAGAUUAAGCUACACUGUUUAAUUUAUCAUUAUUUUACUGCAAUGUUUUACUGCUGUAUACAAUCAUUAAUUGUAAUGUCUGUAUUUAUGUUUUUGUCACCGCUGUCUUUUUGUAAACUAUUAAAGGUUAAAACAUGAG